CACCUUCCCUCUCGCCGAAUCUUGGGAAGUUCUUCAACAAGCAUCCGUAGGACGUUGUCCGUCCUGUUCACUCGUUUGAUACCCCACUUCGUUCGUUCUGCUUUCUUCUUUUAUCACUACACGCCGUCCUCCCGGCGAUAUCUCACAUCAUGCGCACCUCAGCAGCAGCGUGGAUGGCCGCGCUCGCGGUCAUAUCCAUGAAUGGACCAUUCACAACGGCACAGGCUGCGCCCGCCCGACCACUAGACGCGGAUGCACCACGGCCAGUCUACCAUCGAUUACAAGACGGACAGGGGUUCAAUGACACCGAUCCGACAGAAGAUACCCUCCACCAUGACCUCUUGAGGCCAAGACAACCCGAGCCCGGCUUGAUUUCAUUAUUGACUGGCGCUCUUACAUUACCGACCGCUACCACGUCCCCACGAAGGAAAGCCAAACACCACCAUGAGCCUGUGAGCCCUACUCUACUGCACUCAGGAAUCGAUAUCGGUGCCUCCUCCUUCCCUUUGGCCAGCUCGUCGAGCUUCCCUACCUCUGCGGCCCCCAACAUCAUCGUUGGCCUCACCACCAUCCUCCACCCAAGCGCGCCCACAAGCACACCAGACAGUAGCGAUAGCGGAAGCCAAUCAAGUUCAGGAACUUCCGAUUCGGGCUUGUUGAGCAUUAUAGGAGGAGGCUUGAGCGGUGUCCUUCCGUCCGCCACCCAGGCCGUAGGGUCUGAGCUUUCGCGUCUCACUGGAACGGGCGGCGCCCUGCAUCACCUCACCAAAUCUGCCUUGUCGGACGUGGCGGGCUCGGGAGGCAUUCUCCCACACGUCAAGUCGGACAUCACGCAUAUGGUGCCCACUGGUACGGCGAAUCCCAUCGGCUCUUUUCUGUCCCAGGUCACGGCUACUGGCGCUGUGCCCAGCUUGCUUUCCCCUGUCCAAUCCCAACUGUCUGGCAUCACUGCAUCGGGCAUCUCUGGCGUGGGAACAGGCUUCCCGUUCACUGGCAUCUUUCCUACGCUCACCAGUGAUGCCGGCUCAAUCCUGUCCCCUGUGCAGUCGGCCGUGUCAUCCCUCGCGAAUGUCACAACGGGACUGCCGGCGCUGCAAUCUUCGCUUUCGAGCUUCCUGAGCGGCGUUGGAUCGGGAGUUAGCAAUGCAACUUCCCUCAUCGGCACACUGACAACUCCAUUGUCAAUCCCACCGGGCGUGAUACCAUCAGGCGUGAUCCCCUCAGGUGUGAUCCCCACAGGUGUGAUUCCGACCGGCGUUACUAUCACUGCAGGUGACAGCACUGUCACAAUUCCCCUCCCUGGGACUGGGAUCCCGACAGGCCUGACGAGCACCCUCUUACCCCCUGUGCUCACCUUACCAACCGUCACGACUGGCGUUACCUCUCCAUCGGAUACAACUGGAGUCACUUCUCCAACGGACACGACUGGAGUCACUUCUCCAACGGACACGACUGGUGUCACCUCCGCCACGUCCAACACGUCCACAUCCCAGGAUCCCACAAUCACGCCAACCGGCACGAUACCUAUUACAAAUGCGACCACUCCAGUUUCCAUCGUCACAGACACCACUGCAGUGCCCAGUACUUCGGCAAGCACCACUUUGAUGAGCUCCAUUACCACACCAACGACAAUAUCCACCGGCACCAGGAACGGACCGUUGGUUUCCAUUUCUCCUACCGGUACCGACACCCAGUCCUCGCUGUCUUUGCCGACUGUAUGGACUUUUGCCCCAAGCUCGACAACGACUAGUUCGGCCGGCAUCCAAACCGCCACCUCCACUACUCUUUCCUCAUCCACCGGUCUCGCGACGAGCCUCCCUCAAUUAGUACAGCCUGCGGGCGGCAGCCCAAACCCGGGAUCGAACUUCACUCUCAUCCAAGUCGGCUUCGAAUUCGCUCUCAACUACCCUUUCGUGGUGAGUCGGCCAGAGUCCGCCAGCCAGAUCUUCGCAUACCUGCCGCAAGGCAUCGCCCAUGGGCUCGGGAUCAAUGAAUCGAGUGUCAUGAUGAAUGCUCUCCAGCCAUACAACACUGCCGCGAAACUGGGCUUUGUCACCACCUUGGCCCAGGCUUACAUCCCAUCGGGUCUGGUGGACCAGUUGCAGCUGGACAUUCGCACAGCGACGUCGCAACUCUAUUAUAACGACCACGUGCCCGUCCAACAACUGAUGCGGGUCAUCAACCCCGCCAUCCCCAUUCUCCCCGGCAGUACUUUGGACGGCGUGCCAGAGGUCCCGACGUUCAACGCCGAAGCGGCAGCAGGCGCAGGGAAGAAUACAGGCGCCGGUGCCCCCAUCGGCGGCGACUCUGGCGUUUCCAAAUCCGUCAGAGGCACGUCCGUGGGCAUUGGUGCGGGUGCGGUGGCAGGCGCCGCUGUAUACGCCGCAGCCAUGAUCUACGUCGCGCGCCGCUACCGACAGAAGCGGAAAAACCAUCGGCGCGCUAGUUCCAUCCCCGCAGCCGUGCACCCAGGCGAAAUGACACAGAGGUCGAGUGCCGGUGGCAUGGGCUCGCUCUUCAUGUCCGGCGCCAUCCACAACGCGCGGGGCACGACUGCUCGCACGUCGCUAAACUCUGCGGGCCGCAACAGCCGGACGAGCAACACCAGUAGCAACGGGCGCAGCGUGCGGGAACAGGGCAUCAGUGCUCCUCUGAUGUCGGAGAACAGCCUGGGGUGGAAUUGAUGCCCGCGGCCCUGGUGUCCUUGUGUUAUCUCUUUUCAUGUCCAUGUGUGCUUGAAGCUUUUAGUUUUUUGAGCGAAAAGAUUUUCUGUUUUCUACCCACCAUCAUAGCACUUCAUUCAAUCUGACCACCUAUCUACGUGUAUUUGCAAUCUCACGUGCGUCGAAAGCAUCGAAGCACGGCGAUGCCUCCAGAACCACGGUGAUCCUCACACCACGAGUUAGAUUUGCCGUGCGCUCCAUUCCCCCCUGAAGUGCGCCUAUGCCAGCUGAAAAUGCUUGGUGGGUAGUAAGGCCGGUUCAAAGGUACGUACCAAUAACGAGGUAUGCAAGGUAGGCUUGUAGGUUACAACAGCUCCCUAGUCCGUCCCAGGGUCUCGUUUCGUGACGGCAGAUCCACUCAAUCCACUUGGCAGGGCGAGCAAGCACCCCUGAUGAUCCUCGCGCG